GUGUUGUGUCAGUAUGUUGAAUGUUAGUAGAGACAGCGUAAAGCCAUUAUUUGCAAUAAGAAAUGUAAUUAAAUCUAUGCAUUAUUGGAAUUCUUUUGCAACAAAGAACUUAAAAGUUAAAUCAAUCGUCAAAACUGAAAAGACCUUCCUUUGACGAGCACCUGUCUUUGAAGUAACCAAGGAGAUAUCUCCGCCGGGGGGUGAACGGAACGUUGGUCGAAGACGAAGAAGACGGAAAGAUUACGUUGGUCAAAAUGUUUGCACAGGACUGCAAGCAGGGAGUGAAGUUCAGUCUAACGUCCACGUUUCUCUACAUAGUCCCAAAGUCUUCAUCAACCAGUUAUUUGGGUCGAGCUCGAUUGUUUCCAAACAAACGAAACGAAAUACCAAACCAAUCAUUCAGUAAACAAUAAACUUAACUUGUUCAAUGUUCAUUGUGUCGUAAUCGAGGUAAUCCGAACUAGAAUCAUUGAAUUCACUUUAAACGAUAAUUAAUGUCUUGCAUUAUGAUUGUCUGAAGCAGUUUAAUUUUGUGUGUUUUACCAAAUAAUGGAAUUGAUAUUGUCUGUGAUGAACGCGUUGAUUUAACGACUAAAUUUUGUUCAUGUAAGUAAAGAAAACUGAGGAAGAAUUGGAGAAGUUUGUGAUUGACUGACUCAUGCAAGUGGGCAACUAGAAAAACCUCUCAAGUGCACACGCCAGUUCUCCUCCCUCGUCAUAAAACAACCCUUAGGCGGUGAGAGUUGCUGACCAAGGGGCCAUUACCAAAUACGGUGACUCCAAGUUCUGUUGUAAUAUCACAAGCCUCUAGGAGGAAUUUUAAACGGAAAUCUUGUGCCUUCAAGAAGCACUUUUGCAACUAACAAACCUCUUGUGCGGCGAAGCAUUUAAUUCCUCCGUAUCACAAAGAGAAACUUGUAAGCGAAGAAUCAGCCCGAGAUAUCCCUCAAAAUUUUGUCCAAAUGUCAGUACCCCCCUUCGCCCAAUAUUAACGUCUUUGUGACGCUCCUCAAUAUAUGGGGAAAUGCAAAUUUUCAUUAUAAAGAGCUUCAGCCACAAAACCGGUCUUGGCAUUCGUGGUUGGUUAAAGUGCAGGACACAUCAAGAGAAACUCAGAGUUUUUGACAAAUUUGGACUGUUGAAUCUAGUUGGAUUUAGAGCAACCAAGAAUGUUCCAGCAACUGUCAGGUUUUUUGUUCUUUGUUCUGGUCGGGUAUACCGCUGCAGCUGGGGAUACAAAAUGGGAUCAUACCUCAGUCAAAUAUGGAGUCUACACAUGGGCCAAGCAUUUUCCUCAAUGCAACGGCACACGCCAAUCCCCAAUUGACAUCAAGGAUCCAACCUACAACAAAGACCUAGGAAAUAUCGCGUUCCAAAAUUAUGGCGCAAUCCCAUCCAAUGUGAAUGUCAUUGCCAAAAAUACCGGCCAUUCGUACAGUGUCUCCUUCACUGGUUUCACUGCCUCAAACACCCCAAAAAUUAGUGCCGGAGGUUUGCCUGGUGAGUUCAAACUGGCUGCUUUUCAUUUUCAUUGGGGCUCGAAUCAUACCUUAGGGUCAGAACAUUUUGUCAAUGGAAAGUCCUACCCUUCAGAGCUUCAUUUGGUUCAUCUCAAUUCCAAAUAUGCCAGCGUUUCUGUUGGUCUCACGAAAUCUGAUGGUUUGGCCGUCCUUGGAGUGUUACUCAAGCAAGGAAAGAGAAACAGCAAUUUUGACUUUCUUCAUCACGAAAAGAACAACGUGACAGAGCCAAAUUCUGAAGCCAAAUUCAAUCUUACUUCAUUAAUGGGUUUACUUCCCGUUGAUAAAUCAUUCUAUCGCUACAAUGGAUCCUUGACCACACCCGGCUGUCAAGAAGUUGUCACAUGGACCGUCUUCUCCCAUCCUGUUGAGAUAGCUCAUGAACAGUUGGAAGAACUACGAAACGUGAAAUUUGUUGACCCAAUGAACAUGACCAAACCAUUGGUUAACAACCACAGACCUAUUCAAGCUCUCAAUGCACGCAUGGUCCUAUCCAACUUUGAUGAAACUGCCAGCAAAACAAAUCCCACAAUGUCUACCACAACAGCUGGUGCUGCUAGUGGAAUGAAUGAAAAUAUGUUUAUAUUUCUUGCGAGUUUGUGCUUAGCUUUAUGCUUGUUCUUAUAAAUAUGAUUCCAAUUUGGACAUGACUGCAUAUAUACCCCUUGUAGCAUGAUUACUUUUAAACACUGCACAGGAACUUUCAGAUAAAAUUAUCACAAUAAACAGCUUAUCCUUGAAGUUUAGAAAUUUAUGAAUAAAUGCACAAGUUUCCAUUUUACCACUGGCGUACUAUAAUUGUGCUUGUGGCUGAUUCAACUUAACAGUAUGAGAAGAUGCAUGAACCAACCUCAAUUGAUAACUUAGAUAACUAGUUUAUUUACUUUAUUUUAGUUAUUUAGGUAAUAAUGCACAAAAACAAUGGAAGUUCUUUACAAUACAACUCGCUACAAUCUC